AUGAAGAUGAGAUAUGCUAACGCUAGGGGACGCCUCACUAUUAUACAGCUCUUGGAUCGGGGACUGGUCGUAUAUGGGCUUUCAUCAGCGCUGCCGUUGCUGGCAUUCGCCUAUGUCGGACCAAUUAUUCGAAAGAAGUUCCCUGACGUGUUCGUCCUUACGGAAUGGACUCGACAGCGUUAUGGCUUGAUUGCUGGAAUAUAUCUCAGCAUUUUGACACUGAUCACCCUUUUCUUGUAUAUGGUUGCUGAAUUGUCUGCAUUGCAACAAAUUGUCACCUCGCUUACUGGGCUCAAUGGUCUGCCUGCCGUCAUUGUGCAGGUUGUCGUGACGACUAUCUAUACUUCCCUUGGUGGUUUCCAGGUUUCCUUCUUGACGGAUAAUAUCCAAGGGGCAAUGGUUGUUGGCCUUAUUAUCAUCGCCGUUAUAACCGUUGGCGUGAGAACUGAGAUUGAUAGGUCACUCAUCGAUUCUUCAGGCCUUUUAAAGCCAACGCUACUAGGAUGGCAGCUCAUCUACAUCCUACCUGUUGCCAUCCUGACCAACGACUUCUUCCUAUCGAACUUCUGGCUCCGUACUUUCGCUUCAAAGACCGAUCGUGAUUUACGCAUUGGAAUCUCAAUUGCGAGUUUUGUUGUCCUCUGUAUCCUUGUCCUUGUUGGGUCGACGGGUCUUUUGGCUGCAUGGUCUGGAGUAUGGCCCGGGGACCCUCCACAGGCCGGAUCAAUUGCAUUCUUCCUCCUUCUGGAGAAGCUACCAAACUGGGUUGUUGGCAUCGUGGUAGUGAUGACAAUUGCCCUGAGCACCGCCGCAUUCGACAGUCUUCAAUCUGCAAUGGUCAGCACAGCUAGUAACGAUAUCUUCCAUAACAAGCUGCCUCUGAUAUAUGUCCGUAUUGGAGUUAUUCUGUGCAUCGUCCCGGUCGUCGUGGUUGCACUUCGAUCGCCCAGCGUUUUACAAAUAUUCCUUGUCUCUGAUCUGGUUUCCGCUUCCGCUAUACCUGUACUCGUCCUUGGGUUAUUUGAUAGAUUCUACUGGUGGACAGGAUUUGAAGUUAUUGUUGGUGGGCUUGGUGGGAUUCUAUCGAUUUUCAUAUUCGGUACCAUUUACUACGGCAAUGCCACCGAGGGAGGAAAAUUGAUCCUUUUGCAGAAUGGUCUUUACUCUAAGGAUUGGAGUGCCUUCGGCGCCUUCGUCGCUGCUCCUGUUGGCGGUAUGAUAUUCGCGCUCCUUGCUCUAGGCCUACGUCUUGGGUAUAAGUUUGUCCUUGCAAAGACCACUGGUCGGCAUUUCGAUGCUUUCGACCGUCCUCUUCCACGUUCCUUCGUAAGUCCAGGCCCUAUGAACAAUGGCGAGCCUGACUUCAUCGCUACCGGAACUGAUGCAACCAUUCGCAACAACGAUGAGGAAGGUGCUAAAUUCCGACUGAAGGGAGGGAAGUAA